AUGAAAGUUCUAGGCAAACCUUACGCAUAUGUUUCAUGCUGUCCCUUUUGUGUUGAACAAUUAGGCAGAAGAACAGAUCCUCCUAGACACAAGACCGCACUCUCCCAAGCGCGAGCUCUUUCCGCUGACCUCCCUUCUUACACGUAUGUUGAAUACGGAAGAUUUGCACGUAAACCCUGGGGGCUUGAUGGUCCCCGUGCAACAAUCGAGGCGC